AGCUCGGGCUAAAUUCAAAAGGCUCUCCACCCGUUUGAACAUUUAUUUUUUGAAAAGCGUUUGGACAUCAUGCCGGAACUUGUUGAUAUGGCUACGUCGUUAGACCGGAACCGCAUGUUUGUCUUGGCUGAUUUGAAUUUUGAAUGGGUCCGCGCGCACAUAUAUAGACGCCCCCUUUGGCCGGACUAGCCCACUGAAUUGUUUGCUCCGCAGAGAUGGCUGGCUCCAAUGAUCGUCGUAACGCCAGAGUCGGCAUUCUUAUUGUUUCAGUAGUUCUUGGAAUUAUUAUUUAUGCCAUCGUUCAAAGUACUGUCGACGACGAGAAUGAAGAAAAGAGGAAGCCGAGGCCGCAGUACUCCGUCACGAGCGCCGCGUUGUCGCCGGAAGCCACCGUCGCCGGAAACCUCUUGACAGCGGACUUCAGAUUCACCCUCAAGGCCCACAACCCGAACAGGAAAAAGACCAUUUUCUACGGCAACUCAACCAAGGUGACCCUUGAUGACUGUGAGGGGUUCAGCGAGAUCACGUCGUCUCCGCUCCCUUUGGUCGGCCCUUCCACGCUCCUUCCCGGGAAUGACUCCACCGGCAUCGCCGUCAAUCUCCCCGUGCAAAACUGGCCUCUCCCAGAGGACACAGCAUCCUGCGGCAUGAUCUUAACCAUGGAGUUCCGGGCUGGGUUUAAUCAGGAGGAGGAGGAAUUGAAGCGUCCCCGGAUAGAGGGCCGUGGAGGUCGCGGCACUGCAUCCGGCCGAGGGGGUCGCGGCGGUGGCAGAACGCCGUCCGGCGGCAGUAGUGCCCCUGGCCGUGGGUCUGGCCGAGGGAUAGGAUCAGCGACAGGGGGAGCAAAUGCAGCCACCAAUUCCAACGCCCUAGGCCUCACACCUGAUCAGAUGACUCGGUUACUUUCCAUGCUCGACGUCUCUUCUUCCGACAAGGAUACUGGGUCCAAUGGUGAGGCAUCGGCUCGUGAGUGGCUUAUUGACAGUGGCGCCUCUCAUCACAUGACUGGUAAUAUCUCCUUUUUAACUGAUGUGGUUCCCAUGGCCCCCUGUGUCAUCACGUUGCCCAAUGGCACACAGACUACAGCCGAUGUGGCCGUGUGCGGCUCUCACCCGAAGUAGUGCUUCGGGGCGUUUUACUUGUUCCUCAUCUGCAGUGCAAUCUUAUUUCUGUUGGUUGUCUCAUUCGAGAUACCUCUUGUCUUGUUAU